AUGCUGCUAGUGACCAACAUUAUCAUCGGUGGCAUCUUUGUGCUGGUCACAAAUGCUGCUCUCGUUGAGCUCAACUGGAACAUCACAUACACGACCGCAAAUCCAGAUGGGUUAUAUGAACGACGAGUUAUUGGAGUGAAUGGACAAUGGCCACCACCUCCUAUCGAUGUUACGAUCAACGACACUCUCAAGAUCAAUGUACACAAUGCACUGGACAAGCCUACAGCUUUGCAUGCACAUGGGAUGUUCCAAAAUGGGACAGCGUACAUGGAUGGUCCAACUAUGGUUACUCAGUGCCCCAUCCCUCCCGGAUAUGACUUUACCUAUGAGUUUAACAUUACACAGUAUGGCACCUUUUGGAUCCAUAGUCAUUUCAUGGGACAAUACCUUGAUGGAAUGAGGUCGCCGAUGAUUUUGCAUAACACCAUGGAAGCAUACCAAUACGAUCAAGAAAUGACCAUUACUCUCUCUGAUUGGUACCAUCAACAAAAUGAUGAUCUACUUUCAAGUUUCCUGAGUGUGUACAACCCAACCGGAGCUGAACCGACUCCUGAUUCAGGUCUCAUUAACGACAAUGCCAAUUCCACAUUCGACUUCGUCCCUGGAAAGACUUACCGUCUGCGGCUGAUCAACAUGUCCGGCUUCUCCGAAUUCUUCUUCUCGAUCGAUGGCCACAACAUGGACGUCAUAGAGGUCGAUGGGAUUGACGUACAACGCUCGACUGUGAAUAGCGUAACGUUAACGGCUGCUCAACGCGUCUCUGUUUUGGUGACAGCAAAGAACGACACCAGUCUCAACUACAACAUGCAUGCAGACAUGAACACGGAUAUGUUUGAUAAAGUACCACCUGAACUACAGCCAAACAUCACUGCUCCAAUUUACUAUGAUCGCUCCCACAACAAAUUUGCUCCGAUCCAAGACCUUGGCAUGUCAGGCACCUUUGAUGAUACUACACUCAAGCCUCUUCAAGCAGAGGAUGCUGUCAAUCCUGAUCAAGAGUUAACAUUGUCAAUCAAGUUUGAGGUGACUACAGAUGGUAUCAAUCGAGGGAUGUUUGGCGAUCUUCCAUUCCUUUUACCCAAGGUGCCAUCCAUCAAUACAUUGCUCUCCCAAGGCAACUACUCAUCCGAUCCUGCUGUUUAUGGUCCUCAAGGUGUAGCCACAGUAUUCAACCAUCUCAACAUGGUGCAAGUUAUUCUCAACAAUGAAGACCAAAAUGAUCAUCCUUUCCAUUUGCAUGGCAACGUUUUUCAGGUGGUUGGAAGAGGAAAUGGAACGUAUGACAGCUCGAUUCAAUUGAAUACGACCAAUCCAAUGCGACGUGAUACCAUCUCAGUGCCUGGCCAAGGUUUUACCGUAAUCCGAUUCCGAGCUGAUAAUCCUGGUGCUUGGUUCUUCCAUUGUCAUAUUGAAUGGCAUCUUGAGUCGGGAUUAGCCGCACUAUUUAUUGUUGCACCGGAUGUAGCCCAACAACGCAUGAGCUUACCUCAAUCCAUGAAGGAUCUAUGUCAAGCGAGCGGGAUCCCAGCAACCGGUAAUGCAGCUGGCAACGAGGGACUCGACCUUUCUGGUGCACCAAGUGGAAUUACCCUUAUCCCAGAUGAAUUUACACCUCGUGGUAUUGGUGCUAUGGCGGGUUGCAUCAUUGCUGCGCUUUUGGGUAUUGGUACCAUCAUCUGGUUUGCACACGCUGAUCCACAAAAAGAAGCACGUCUCAUUGCAGAGCGCAUGAGGAGUAUCCCACAAUAA